CCGAGCUAGGAGGGGCGGGCAUUCUGGGCGCGGUGGUAAUUCACCAUUGGUCAGCGCGACGCGGACCUAACUAGCGUGCCGGUUCCUGGGUCCCGGCUGGCGAUGGGGCUCCGAGGCUGGCGCGGUUUUCGUGGCUUGCUGGCUGCAGCGCAGCCCCUGUUCCAGGGCCGGGCGCUGCUUGUCACCAACACGCUAGGUUGUGGCGCACUCAUGGCAGCUGGAGACGGCGCGCGCCAGUCCUGGGAGAUCCGCGCCCGGCCGGGCCAGAAGUUCGACCCCCGGCGCUCAGCGUGCAUGUUUGCGGUGGGUUGCAGCAUGGGUCCCUUCCUGCACUACUGGUACCUCUGGCUGGACCGCCUCUUCCCAGCAUCAGGCCUGCGAGGCCUCCCAACCAUUCUCAGGAAGGUCCUCGUGGACCAACUGGUGGCCUCUCCCAUGCUGGGCGUCUGGUACUUCUUGGGCAUUGGCUGCCUGGAGGGUCAGACACUGGAGGAGAGCUGCCAGGAACUCCAGGACAAGUUCUGGGAAUUCUACAAGGCUGACUGGUGCGUGUGGCCAGCCGCGCAGCUGGUGAACUUCCUGUUCGUGCCUCCCCAGUUUCGUGUCACCUACAUCAACGGUCUGACCCUGGGCUGGGACACGUACCUGUCUUACCUGAAGUACCGGAUUCCCGGCACCCUGACAUCACCAGGCUGCGUGUCCCUGGACACCCGUGCAGACUGAGUCACCCCUGCUGAUGGGGCAGGAUGCAGGACAGAGCAAGCGGGACUCGCAGCUGACCACCACCCUCUGCUGGAGGAACCCGUUUCUGCAACAGGCCAGGGGCCACACUAGCUGCUGGGCCUGUUUCCCCGUCUGGGACACUGUCACAAAGACGGACAUCCCCAGUGAGAGCUUCAGGUGACCCUGGAGGGAGGGGUCCCCUGCUCAGCUCCCAGCCAGGCAGCCCUAAGACUCAACCUCUCCACACUGCCAUAGGGCUGGCCUUGGGACUAAGACAAGGAUGUGGCCCAAACCCUUGAAGCAGAGUCUGGUUUGUAGUUGACCCCUCAAGACCUUUGGGCAGAACCAGGCAGACCCCAGGUCUCUGGCGGUGGACUGUGGACAUUCUAUUAAAUUCUCAGUAAUUGAAAACCUUGGACCAGCUGUUAGCUGGACUCCCAUGUUGUUGACUGCAGUUCGAGUCCCAGAUCCGGUGGCUUAGAACUCACACCGGGCAUGUGUGCGUGCGUGCCCAAGAUCCCGA